GCUGGUGAUGUGAUUCCUCAUCACUUUCCUCUCCUCUCUUUAGGGCAUGAACUUUUUAAAUUAGUCACCUUUUAAAACUGCGUCCUUCUUUCCAAACAGCGGUUGGAAGAUGACGUCGUGCGUUGGCAGCCAUGAGCAGCAUUGAGGAGCCCAGUGAAGAACCAUCAGAUGUGUCUACUGAAGAGCUCAAGCGCUAUGCAGUGGACAUAGGGAUUAAUCCAGAGACAGAGCAAGAGUUUAUGUGGCUUGCCAAGCAGGCCAUGUUUGCUCAGCUACCUCCAGGAUGGUCGGAGUGCGAAGAUGACAGCGGGAACACCACCUAUCACAACCACUACUUGCAAUAUAGCACAGACGAACACCCCAGCAAAUUGCAUUACCGUAAGAUGGUGGCCCAGCAACGGGAACGCUUUCAGCGCAUGAGUGGUGCUAUUCUAGGCUCAGAAGGCACACAGGGCAAGAAAGAGAAUGAUGCACUUAAUACAGUGGGCCUAUUUAGCAGUGGAUUCUUGAGUAUAAUAGGCAGCAAGCACGAAGAAACAGCGUCUCUGACACCCUUGAGCUUUGAUGAUGAUGAUGACGGCAUCAUCUCUGAAAAGGAGUCAAUUCCUUGUUCUUCUAACAGUGAUAUUGAGCACGUCCCAGUAAACCUGUGGAGUAAACAAUACAAGCCGUCUGGAGAGUUUCAGGUCUCCGAUAGUUCCAUUUGCUGUGACAGUCUGGUGGAGACGGAUGAUAAAGACAAAGAGACCAAGGCUACUCAGGGCCAGACGCAGGCGAUACAGGAGCACAAAAAUAUCCAGCGCCCUGCCGCCAUUUGUUGCUCACAAGCCCAACAGGACCAGAAGAAACAGGAGCCUAUCAAAGCACCCAUAGAUUCAGGAAGCAGUGAUGUAUGCAUAACAGAGGAUAGCAGUGAACCAGCAAUUCGGGACCCGAGCACUGAAUCGUCAGAGGAACAGCUCACAGUUGAGGCUCUGGACAGUUCUGUUGACUUUGACACUCGUCUGGAAGUAUAUAAAGGAGAGCAAGGUGAAGAUGAAGAGACUGAGGUUGCUAAGAGCCUAGAUGAAUCUGUGCACAGUCCUGGUGAAAAACGCCCAGACAGAGGUUCAGGAGCUGAAAAGGGCAAGCAAGCUCCAUUUAGUAGUGGAUUCCUCAGCGUUAUAGACACUUGGCAAGAAGAAGCAGUCUGUUAUUCUCCGGGCAGCUCUGGUGAUGGAGAAGGCAUCAUCUUUGACAUUGACAGUGGCAGCGAUUUAGCAGAGGAGUUUGGGAAGUCUCAAACCAGCCACAGUCUUAAGUCAUCAGAGCAGCAGAUGCCGGCAGAGUUUGUGUACUCCGACAAUUCUGAUUGCGGUGACAGUCAGGAUGAGAAGGACGCCAAAGUGAAUGAGGCUGUUCGCAGUCCACUUGAGUCUGGGGAUGAAGCUGUUGGUGGUAGUGUCCACAGGUGCAGUGUGCGUCAAGAGUGCACUGAUGCUGUGGCAGACUCAGGAACGGAACGACACAACGACAAACAGGAGCCUAUCAACCAAACAAUUAAAAGAACAUCGGAUGCAUAUCCAGCAAAGGAGAUGAUGAAGCCACAAAUGUGUGACAAGACACUUUUUAAGGAUGAGAAUUAUGAGUUACCUCAGCAACAGGAUACAAGUGAAAGUGAUACAAGUCCAUCAGAUGAGACCACUGGGAUAGAAACAUCAGACACUACCACAACACAGACUACAAGUAGCAGUGAAACAAGUCCAACAGAGAAGACCACCGAGUCACCUUCUGAUGACCGCAGUCCUGAAUUAUCACAGCAACAGGUAUCACAACUGGACACUGACAGUUGUGGUUGUGGCAGACAGCAGAAAAUGGAUGGGGAGGAAGAAGAGACUGCUAAGAGGUUUGCUGUUGUUCACAUGCUCACGGCAAAUAAUGACCACGUUUGUGGAAGUAGAUCAAUAGAACCAACUCCAGAACGGAUGCAUUUCCAAGUUGUUAUUAGCCAAUAUGUGGCUGACGCAGCCGAUGAACAUGACGAUGAUGAAGAAGUAACUCGGGUCCCGUCAGACUUUGUUUAUGACGACAGUUUUGGUUGCUAUGACAGUAGGCAAAAGAUGGUUGUCGAUGGGGGAGGAGAGGAGGAGGAAGAGGAGACAGACAAGAGUAUGGACUCCAGUGGUUCUGUUUCCUUUGAUAGUCAGCUGAAGAGAGGUUUCAAAGGACAACGGGAGGAUGAGGAUUCUGAGGGUACCCAGAGCCAAUAUGAGCCUGGACACAACUCCUUUGGUGAAGACAUCCAGAUACACCAGGAGUGGAAACUGGACAAGCCUGCCAAAAUAUCUGGGAAAAAAAUCCAUUCUUUGGCCCGCAAUACUGAAUCCCCAAAGCAAAAGCUGUCAGUGUUUCUGGAGUGCCGUACUUAUGUUUGCCCUGGUAGUCAGCAUGUCGUCCCUCUCCAAGAAGAGGUGGAUGACGAGAAUGUGGCUGCCAAGAGCCAAGAUGAAGAGGACAAAGAGGAGCCAAGUCAAGUCCCUGCACUGUUGGUAGAGUUUUUGGACUCCAGCAAUUCUGCUUCUGAAGAAAGGGAGGAUAAUUACACUGAGGCUUACAAGAGUAGCCAAGAUGACCCUUCAUGUGAUGAAGUCUACAAUCACCGGGUGGUUCACCAGCAUGAACACAUCCAGUGCACUGAUGUUGUUGAGUACUCAGAAGCCAAUCAGGGCAAGGAAAACGAUCAGUCUACCCAAACCCCUGUAUUAGACUCAGAUGAUUCUGUUUCCAGCAGUCAGCUGGAAGUGGAUGUGAACAAGGAAGGGGUUGUGGAGGAGGCCAGUACUUCCAAGAGCCUGGAUGAAACAGGGACAGACUUUUUUGGUGAAGAUGUGGACAGCGUCCGGGAGGAUCACUGGUAUGAACACAUUCAGUGUCCUGCAAGUGGGGUUUCUCAAGUCGAACCGUACAAGGUGAAGAAAAACACCGUCAAAACACCAGGAUCUCAACCACCAUACACCAGUAGCGCUGCCAUUGUGGCCAUUGAUGGAGAAUUGCAUCAGCAGUCCUGUCAUCCGCAUCUUUUUGUCAAGGUACAGACAGAGCUGUCAUUGGGGCAGGGGAGAAUGCAUUUCCACCAGGAAGAGCUUAGAGGACUGGAGGAGGAUGGAGAGGAACAUUUAAAAAUAAAAAGUGAGGCAAGAAUGCUUGUCUGCCAGGAAGCAAAAUGUAAACAUGAGGAGGAAGAAGAGGAACAUUUAAAGGGAGGUGUUCAGUUAAGAUUGCGUGUCCAACAAGAAGAGCUGCAGACACAGGAGGACAAAGAAGAGGAACAUUUAAAGAGACAACAAAAGGAGGCAAGAAUGCAUCUCCGCCAGGAGGAGCUAUGGAACGAAGAAGAUGAACAAUUAGUGAGGGAAAAGGAGAAGGGGGAAGACGAGGAGGAGAAACUGAGGCGGGAGGAAGAGGAGAAGGCGGAUCAUUUAAAGAGUGGGAAGGAAAUGAUCAUUUGUAUCCCCCAGGAGCAGAUGAGUAGUGAAGGAGAUGAAAAGUUGAAAAGUGAUGUGGAAAUAAGAAUACAGAUUCACCAGGAGGUGCUGAAGAAAGACGGAGAGGAGCACCUGAUGAAGGAAAAGCAAAUGAGAAGACAGCUCAGCGAGGAGAAACCGAGGAGAGGUGAAGAGGAGGCAGAGCACCUGAUGAGGGAAAAGCAAAUGAGAAGACAGCUCAGCGAGGAGAAACCGAGGAGAGGAGAAGAGGAGGCAGAGCACCCGAUGAAGGAAAAGCAAACGAGAAGACAGCUCAGCGAGGAGAAACCGAGUCGAGAGAAAAAGGAGGAGGCAGGGGAGAAGUUGAAAAGAGAGAUGGAAACAACAUAUCUCUGGCAGGAGGAACUCAGUACAGAGGAAAAAAAUGAGGUUGAACAGUUAAAAAGGGAAAAAGAGGUGAGAGCAACAGUCUUCCAAGUGGGGCUGAUGAGGGAGGAACAUGAGGAGACAGAGCAGUUUAUGAGGGAGAAGGGGAUCAGAAUACAUCACUGCGAGGAGCAGCUCAGCACUGAGGAAGAGGAGGAGGUGGACCAACUGAAGAUGGAAAAAGGGAGAAGAAUCUGUCUCUGCCUGGAAGACCUAAGGAGAGAGGAAGAGGAGGAGGUGGAACGGCUGAAGAUGGACAUUUAUAUGAGAAAAUGUCUCCUCCAGGACGAGCUUAGUGCAGACUUUAAGAAGGAGAUGCAGAUGAGAGUGCAGUUCUGUCAGGAUGAGCUGAGAAAGGAGGAAGAGGAAGAGGUAGAGAAACUGAGGAAGGAGAAGGAGAUAAGAAUAUAUAAACAAAAAGAGAAGCUGAUGACAGAGGAAGAUGAGGAGGUCGCACAAUUAAAGAAGGAGAAAGAGAGAAGAAUCUGUGACUGCCUUAAGGAGCUCAGGAGACAGGAGGAGGAGGAAGUGGAGCAAUUGAUACAGAAAAAAGACACGAGAAUGCGACGCCACAUGCAACAGCUUAAUAAAGACGAGGAGACCGUAAAUCAUGUCCAGAAAGAACCGAUAAAAGAGAAGGAGCAGGAAUCGUCGAACAACAUGGAUAUGAGAAAAAAUCUCCAGGCGGACCUUAGCAGCGUGACAGUAGAGGCUGAGCGAGCAAAGAGACAAAAAGACUUGACAUGUCGUCGCCAACAGGAGGACCCGAAAAGAGAAGAAGAGAAGGAUGAGCAAUCGAGGAAGGAGAAAGAUGCUAGAAUUCGACUCGGCCAGGAGGAUGAAAUGAGGAAGGACUGGAGAAACGCUCACUUCCUGCAGGACAAACAGAUCACAGACGAGAAGGAGUUAAAGCAGCUAAAGAAGGAGAAAGAGAAGAGAAUGAGGCUUUACCAGGAGAAGCUGAGGAAAGAAGAAGAGGAUGAGAUAGAGUCCUUGAAGAGAGAACACGUGGCAAAAGUGUGUCUUCACAAGGAAGCGCUGAACAGAGAGGAAGAAAAAGAGAUGGAGCAGUUGGAGAGACAAAAGGAAGCAAGAAUGCGUGCCCGCCAGCAGGAGGUGAGAAGAGAGGAAGAAAUUGAGAUGGGGCGAUUAAAAAGGGGAAAGCAGACAAAAGCAACGCACCACGGAGUGAAUCUGAGGAACGAGGAAGAGGAGGCAGAGCGGCUGAGGAGAGAGGAGAUGAUGGCACUCCUCUACCUGGAAGAACUGAAGAGAGCAGAAGAGGAAGAUUUAGAGAGUUUGAAAAUGGAUAUAAUGAGAAGGUGGCUACGCCAAGGGGAGGUGAAAAAAGAGCAACAGGAGGAUGUACUGAAGACGGAGAGGGAGACAAGAGCACCGCCUCACCAUGGUCUAAGUAGAGGGGGUAAGAAUGAGCGGUUGAAGAGGGAGGAGGAGGAAAGAAUGUAUAUCUGCCAAGAGGAACUUAGCACAGAGGAAGAGGAGGAGUUGGAACAAAUAAAGAGGGAAAAGCAGAAAAGUAGCCGGAAAGACAAAGUGGAGGAGGCAGAAAGGAAAAUGCUGAGGAAAGAGGGAGAGGAGGUCACAGAACGAUUAAAGAAGAAGGGUCAGAAACAUGUCCCCCAAGAAGAACUGGAAGAGGAAAGGGAUGAAGCAAAGCAGUUUAAUUGGGAAAAAGAAAAAGGUAGGCGUGGCCAGCCGGCAGAGCUUGGAAGGGAGGAUGAGAACUUUGAGAUGAGAAAGAGGGAAAAGGUAUUGAAAAGACGAGUCAGUCAGGAGAACCUGAGGAGUGCGGAAGAAGAGGCGGUGGGAGGGUUAAUUGGGGAAAAGGAAAAGUUAAUCCAGCUCUCCCAGCAGGAAAAAAAAGAGGAUGUGACAGUUUUGACAAUGGAAAAACAGAGAAUUCAUCUUUGCCAAGAGGAGUUGAAGAGAGAAGAAGACGAGGUGAAGCAGUUAGAACGACAAAAGGAGAAUCGAAUCCGCCAACACCAGGAAGACCUGAGAAUAGAAGAAGAAAAUGAGGCGGAUGAAUUAAGGAGAGAAAAGGAGGCGAGAAUACGUGGUCUCCGGGAAGAACUGAAGGCAGAGGAAGAGGAGGAGACUGAGAGGUUAAAGAGGGACAAAGAGAAGAGAAUGCGUCUCCUCCAAGAGGAGCUUAGGAGAGAGGAAGAGGAAGACCGACUGAAGUGGGAAAAUGACAGGAGAAUAUGGCAUCACCAAGAGGAACUGACCAGACAGGAAGAGGAGAAGUGGUCUAGGAUAGACCGGCAGAAAAGAAUGCGUCUCCAUUUGGAGAAGCUGAGGAUUGAGGAAGAGGAGACAGCAGAGCGGUUGAAGAGAGAAAAGGAGAGGAGGAUGCAGCUUCACCGGGAGGAGCUGAGAAGAGAGGAAGCAGCAGAAGUGGAACAAUUACGGAGGGAAAAAGAGAAGCGAAUAAGUUUUCUCCAGGGGGAGCUUAAGAGAGAAGAGGAGGAGCAACAAUACAGAAGGGAGAAGGAAAAGAGAAUGCUUUAUUGCCAGGAAAGGUUACACAAAGAGGAAGAUGAUACGGUGAAUCUCUUCAAGAGAGCGAGAGAGAAGAAAAUGCAUUACUGUCAAACGGAAUUGAAGCAAGAGGAAGGAGAGGAAGCAGAGAGGUUGAACGGAGAAAAACAUAGAAUUCGCCUUCUCCAGGAUGAGCUGAGGAGAGAGGCAGACAAGUUGAUUGAGCGACUGAUGUAUGAGAAGGAGCACAGGACGCGUCUCCGACAUAUGGACCUAAGUGGAGAAGAGGAGGAGAGGAAACUGAAAACUGAGUACAAAGAAAAGCUGAGGGCCCUGCGACUGUGUCUUCUCGCCAAGAGGAAAGAAGAGGAAGCAUUGUUGAACAAAUUAUCUGACCAGAAAGAAGGAUUAUCUGAAUCUGUCCAGAAGGAGCCAGAUGAGGAACAAUUUAAGCUCAGGUCAGACACACAAUUACACAAAGACACAGCUUUGCAAAAGAUUUCUAUGAGGCUAUGUCCACACCAAAACAAAUGUUUUCUCCUAUCGUCCACACACAAACUUCAGUCGUUCAUAAAAACUGAGCUUUUGGAAAAAGAGUUUCGAAACUUUGGCUUCAAUGUAGAUGAUGGAUCAAUUGUAUUCCUUAAUUUCCACGCUAAAUAAGUAUAAUUUAAUGUGUGCAAUGGCAAGCAUUACAUUGCUGAUUUUCAGCACUACAUUACAUUGACGAACAAAGGCUUCGAAGGACGCUGCUGCUGCUGCAGCUUUUCUCUUUAAAAUUGCUACAAAGCUCCCGCUAGUGACAGCGGUUUGAAACAAGAUGUCACAAGUGGGAGUCGCCACUUGUAAAAAGGGGCGGAACCCAACGCAAGGAGUCAGACCAAAAAUAGAAACAAAAGGUAUUUAAUAACAUAAAGUGUCCCGAGCGGGAAAAGUAAAACACAGGGGAAAGUCACAAACCAAAAGUAGAAAAACACAAAACGCUGCCAGCAGAAGGCUGACAGGAAUAACUAGAAUGCAACUAAGAAAUACUGCAGGCAAACCUGAGCUGGAACAAUAACUAGUGUGACAGGAAGUAGUACUGAGCAGAGGGACAAGGGUGAGCCAGAAAGCGGGGAACAGGUAAGGAGCCGGACGAAGCGGAACAGGUAGCAAGGAGUACAAUCUGGCACUGGUCCUGAGUUGCUGCUGAGUAUAAGAAGGUAGUCUGAUGAGAUUGCCUGCAGGUGUGUGCUGGGGACUCCACCCACACCGGCUGAAGCUGCACAGAAAGCAUACACACAGCAGGCGGCAGCAGAGCGACAAACACCAUCGUAACACAAGACCCAGUCGCACCUUCAGCUUCUAACUUGGACAAGUCGUUAUUUUGGAAAAAUGGCGUGAGAAUGUUCGCAUGGCAAGGACAUCGUGCUUGUGUUUGACUGAGCUACCUCGCCCACACAUUGAAAGCUUCCCUGUUAUGUAAGCCUGUUUUGUGCUACAUAGUAACUACUACAGUGGAGGCAAUUCAACAAGGACAGUUAGACAGACACACGGGGUUAUUUCAGCAAUUAUAAGUUCUGCCUUCAGAUACUUAUGCUACAUUUGGAUAAAGAACAUACACUCCUGAUCAUAAUGUUAAGACCAGUUGAAAAAUUGCAAGAAUUUACAUUUUGCAUUGUUGGAUCUUAAAUACCCGCAACCCUAGUGAGGAUAAGCGGCAUAGAAAAUGGAUCAUUUUAAGAGAGAAGACACUAUUGAAUCCAAGAAAUACCUCAUGCUGUCAUUUGAAACUUCUUAAAAGAUCUUAAGGGUUAUGGAACAAAGAGUCAAGUAAAAAAGAAGUCACUGGCCCUGAGCCGCAGUCAAGACAUUGGACGAUCCUCGGCCCAAAUGAAGGUUGUGACUGCCGCAGAGUGCAGUCCAAUAACCAUCAGACGAUAUCUGCGAGAGAAGGGUUUUAAGAACCCUUCAAAAAAAAAAAAAAAAAAUUUGGGCCUAGAGAUGUAUUGCAACAAGAUGGUGACUUUCAGAUGUUCGGUGGAAGAAUUUAUUUUUGAUAAAACUUGAAUUGCCAAAUGAACAAAAUGAAUUCCUUGACCCAGAUCCACACUAAAAUGUUCCGAGUUCUUCCUUGGCCACCCCUCUUGCUGAAAUUGGUCUUCUAUUGUUUGCAUAAAGCUGCUAACUAUCUAUGUACCUGUGUAUCUAUGUGUCUGUGAGUUCAGACAGGACCGUGAAGCUGUUCUCAGAAAAAUUUGCCGUGCACUUGACGAAGAACGAACGGCCGAACAUGAUAGACUGAAGUCUCAUAGGAGGCAUUAUUUUGAGCAUCUGAGGGCAGAGUCAGAAGAGGAGCUCCAAGCACUGAGAACCAGGCUCCAAGAAGAGCGGGAGGAGAACAUGAACUUUUUAACACAGGAGGUAGUUCUUGAUGGUUUUGAUGACUAAACCCUUCUAGUGUAGUUAACUUUAAAAUGAUCUUCUGUAGAAAUGUAGGGUCUAGGUAGCCAAGUAGGGUAUGUGUACCCCCAGGGGUACGCAAAUUGAAUAAAAAUUAAAAACAGCGUGACUAACAUAGGUGUCUCAAAGCCUAACACUCUGAGUUACGGGGUGUGCUUGAACGCCUCAUCACGUGAACAGCGUCUGCAGGGAGUAGAGUGCAGAAGAAAGAAGUUCUGUGUGCACUAUAUGAACAAAUAAGUAUGUUUGUAUACAGUGUUCCCUCAUUUAUCGCAGGGGAUCGGCUCCCAAAAUAGCCUGUGAUCAGUGAAAUCCGCAAAGUAGCCAUAUUUUUUUACAAUUAUAUGUUUUAAGGCUGUAAAAUCCCUCACCAUACACGUUAUACACUCUUCUCAGACAGGCAUUUUUUCACAUUUCUUUCUUGUUUAAACACUCUCAAAGUUCAAAUUUCGUUUGAAUUUUAUUGAUCAAUCUACGAGGUUGGACUCAUGCGUAUUUCACUCCUCAGACUGCCUCGCUCGGAAGCCGUUGGUUUUUGUUUCCCUGUUAAAACAUACUGCUCCUGUAGUCGUACUUUCCGGUUAGAUAGUUUGCUAGCGACCAUUGACUACAACAGGAAAGGGCACGAAGGAGAUUGAUUGACAAUGGCCUACAGCCAAUCAGGGUGCCGAACACAAUGGUCAGGUUCUCCCUCAGUCAAUCAGGACUGUUGUGGCUCUAUAUUUAGCCAGCUAUUGUCUACUGUGGGUUCCUAAUAUGCUUGUACAGGCACAUAAACACAUACUGUGACGAGGUGAAGGGACGACAUCUUUACUCCAGCUGCACGCGUCUUCAACUCUCACAUGAGUAUACAACACCCUCCAAUGGUAGCAGUAGUAAAUACAAUAAGAGACACACACAACAGAGCCCCGAUAGAUUGGUCUAAUACACCACAAGGACGCAGAACACCAUGCGCAUUCAUACGCUGUUAACAAAAAUGUAAAAAUGGAAUUUAAAAAAUCAGCGAAACGAGUCCGCGAAAGGUGAACUGUGAUAUAGCGAGGGAACACUUUAUAAUAAUUCUUAAAUAUUUAAAUUAUUUAAAUAAAUAAACUGAAUAAAUCAAGUUCAUUCUUAAGCCAGACCAGACUGAUCAAAACACAGCCACGGGUGCACAGCAAAGCUAAGAAAGAGAAAUACAACAAUAACACAAAAAUAACCUUCACUGAUAUUGUGUUGUGAUGAAUAGUUAUUAAUACACUGUACAUGGUUGAUAUCAUGAAUUUCUCUGUACCAGGAUAAAGAUACACAUAAAAUGCUCUCUGCAGAUUGAAAUAUGAGUAUAAGUUCAGCUCUCGAGUAGACCUGACAUGCCUUGACAUACAUGGUGAAUGUCUUACACAUGUAUCUGCUGACUCCUUGCUGAUAUCCACCUGUCCUAUGGAAAGUAUAUGCAGUAAAUGUGCUCUGCAAGUCAGAAUCUUCAUCACACAUGGCUUGUCCACACUGUUUGUAACUAUGCCGCAAUGUUAUGAUCCGAGCUCGAUAUAAAGUUGUCUGGUACAGUCUUCGUCCAUCAAGUCUGUGCCCUCCUUGCGUCUCAUGUCCAUUGCCAUACUAUCGAUUGUUACUACAUCCAUGUAUACAUUACUACUUCAACAUUUUCAGAAUAAGCACUGUUAGCUGACAGUCCAGUGGAACCUCGGUUAGCCUACGCUCCGGUAGUAAGUUUUUCUGUUGUUGAAAAUGUACGCUGAAAUUUUUCCCCGGUUUGCAUACAUUGUCCACUUAGUGGGCAAUAUGGCACACGUCUUGUUGUGGUAUUAAUACACUGUGUGAGUCCAACUGUGGUCUCAAUGUAUUUUUAUCACAAAACGUCCUUGCUAACAGCCUAAACGGGAACUGUAAGUCAGCUCCUUCUAUGAUGCCAUCAGCAGUUGACCCUGUAGUAGUUGUUAAUACAAAAGACAUUUUUAUAGUUUUAUUAUUAAAGUUGUAUAUGCAUGAAAACAUUCUAAAUGCAUAUAAAUGACAAAUGAAAGGUAUAAAUGAAGAUUUAAGGUUACUUCUACCUUCAUGUAGACGUGAUUCUUGCCAAAGACAUGAUGCGGCAGAGAGAUCGACACGGACGCCACCUUCGUGCUUUGCCAUGAAUUACUUCUUGAUUUCAGGAGUGUUUCUUACCUUUAUCAAAUGCUGGCCCUUGCAACAUUCUUUGGCUCCAUUUUUUGUUAUUUUGCAGCCGUGAUCAAACGAAAAGCAGAGGCAUGAGGUGAGAAAAACACUAUUGAAUUCAAGAAAUACCUCAUGUUGUCCCUUUGAUUCAUCAUUUAUAUUUAUAUGCGUUUUCUGCAUGCAAAACUAUAAUUGUAAAACUGCAAAAAUUGUAUUGAUAUUAUUUCGUAUGGGAAAAAUGUAUUCAGUUAGCGUACGUUCCGGUUAGAGUCUGACCUUCUGCAAUAGAUUAAUGACGCUCAUCGAGGUUCCACUGUAUAUUAUUUUCGAAGGCCAGAGCUGCUUUCGCUUCCUGACAAAGCAGUUCAUUGAGCAUCUGAUAUAACACGCACAAAAAUCCGCCACAACAGGUAAGCUGUUUGACUGGCGGUGAUUGACACUUCACAAAUCUAUGCAGAGACUGCAAGAUACAAGAAGAGUGAGCAGUGGUCCCUGUUUAGCUACCCUUGAACAACAGCGAAUGUGGCCAUGAUAAGCAACCUCUGCGCGUCACGUAACGUACACUACCUCAAAGACUUAUUUAUGAAACGCUUAGGUACGUGACGAACUUCACAAAUCUAUGCAGAGACUGCAAGAUACAAGAAGAGUGAGCAGUGGUCCCUGUUUAGCUACCCUUGAAAUUUGGCAUGUAUAGAAUAAAAUGUGGAUUUCCUAACUGCCAUCUUGGCAGGCUUUUCCACGGUAAAACUGGUUCGGGGAAAGAUAGCCGGCACAGCUGGUGGUAGAAUGCCCCUGCUGAAAUACACAUUCAGUGCCAAAUUUACUUUACCUGAGGUGCAUUAUCAAACCAUCUGUCCUCAAAAUGUGCCCAACAUAAUCUCAAAAAUGUGACACAGCAAAUGGCAUCUUUUGUAAAUGUGAAAAGGCUUACUGUCUGCUCGAGUGUUCUAACAAAAGCCUGGCAUAAUAUAAUAAAAAUAUAUAACAGAAAAUCAACAAAAAAUGCACCAUAAGAAUAGACAAACACUAUUCCAUGCUUAGCUCAGAGAGGGUGUGUUCUCCAACUGACGUCACUUCUUUCUCCUCCUUCAUUCUCCGAUAGGUUUGAUUUUCAUUAGCGAAAAAUGUAAAAAAAGGAUAACUCUGUCAACAUUCAAGCACACAUCUAACACAGGAAAUAUGUCUUUUAGUGUUAUUUUGGUGUCAUGAGCACUUUCAAAUAUAUCAAACAGGUGAGAAAUACAAAUAAUGAAGAUAAGAUGUUUGAUUGUGUGCCUACAGACACUAGUUUUGCAGGAGUUGAGGUACACAUGUCUGAAGGGGUACUGAAAAAAUUUUGGGAACCACUGAUGAAGGGGUUAACCAAGCUGAAACUGUCAUUUUCUUGUACUCGUGUCACCACGAGCAAAACUGU